GUAGUGCCUUCUCCUCCUCCUCCUCCCUCUCCCCCUCUCUCUCUCCCUCUCUUCCUCUAGGUAUAAAAGGGGCAUUGACGGUCCUUGCCUUCGUCAUUUUACCCCCGAGCGUCUUCCUACCACCAGACAACAUGAAGGUCCUCGCCGCCCUGCUGUGCCUCGCCGCCGCCGCCUCCGCCAGGAUGGCCUACCGCUUCUCUGACGGCUACCUCGACAUCCUCGGCGCCGAACCUGUUCAGAACUUCGACUGCGUGGGUCGCCCCUACGGCUACUACGCCGACGUGCCCACCGACUGCCGGGUGUUCCACGUGUGUCUGCCCAUCACCGACGACGCGGGCGAGGUGGCGGAGACGGCGCACUUCUCCUUCUUCUGCGGCAACCAGACGGUGUUCAGCCAGGAGUCUCUUACCUGCGCCCACCCCCAGGAGGCGUUCCCCUGCGCCGAGGCCGAGACGCUCUACGACCUCUCGAAUGCCGACUUCGGCAAAAUUCCCGAAGAAAACGUAUAAACAGACCCUUUGCUUCUCUCCUCCCUCGUCCUCGUCCUCUGUACAACGCUGAGCCAUAUUAAAAGUAUAUGUUGAUAA